AUGGCCUACACUCUCUACAACUACACGCCGUCAUUAGCCGCUGCUGUGAUUUUCAUCAUUCUAUUCUUCACCCUCACACUUGGACAUAUAUUCCUUGCUUUCAAACAUAAACUUAAGUUCUUGAUUGCUUUUAUCGUUGGAGGCCUUUUCGAAUCCAUUGGCUAUGCUGCGCGAGCUGUCAGCGCACAUUCGGCACCUGACUACGCGACCAUGCCAUAUGCACUUCAAAGCUUGUUUAUUCUCCUUGGCCCGUCACUGUUCGCGGCAUCGAUCUAUAUGAUUCUUGGUCGUAUCAUUCGCAUGACCGAUGGGGACAGCCGAUCCAUGGUUCGCGGAAGCAGAUUAACCAAGAUCUUUGUUGCGGGCGAUGUAUUGUCGUUUUUGAUCCAGAGCGGUGGUGGUGCGAUUAUGUCAAGUGCUAAAACGGCUAGCAAACUGAAACUCGGAGAAAUUGUCAUCAUCGUGGGACUUAUCGUCCAGAUUAUCUUCUUUGGUUUCUUUGUUUCCAUUUCAAUUGCUUUCCAUAAACGGAUGUCAGGUUACCCCACGUCCGCUGCUAUGGCCGCUUCAUUCAACUGGGAUCAUUACAUGAAGGUUUUGUACUUCGCUAGUGUCAUGAUCAUGGUCCGUUGCCUCUACCGAGUCAUUGAGUACAUUCAAGGGUCAACUGGCUUUUUGCAAAGCCAUGAGUACUUUGCCUAUAUCUUCGACGCGACCCUUAUGCUGUGUGUCAUGGCCAUCUUUAUUGUGUUCCAUCCAAGCCAGAUUUUCACUGGUCAGCAUAAGGAACUGGAUGAAACAGAAUUGAUCUACGGGCACCAAGGUUACAGGCAGCAAGUUUGA